UGAUUGAACAUAAUGUGUGACAAAAUCAUAGCCUAUAUCUUGCCUGCGAGUAAAACCCGCAAUCACUGGGUUUGAUAUUGAUCGUGAUGACCACCGCACCGCAAAAUAAAACAGGAAAAGAACAAAAAUUUAACGUGUCCGACCCGCAAUCAGAAUUUUGACACAGGUGUAAAGAACGAAGCGCCCCAACGAGCUGUGACCUGGAUCAUCGCAUGUGACAUAAUCGCUCGUUUGCCGCGGCAUCGCAGUUGCUUUCGACAAGAAUUGGUGGAACUCUGUGCAACUCUACCGCAGUACCGGUGCAUUCAUUCUUGAUUUUAACAAAUCCACAGGACAAUAACAACAAGAAAUGUAAGCUUAACUUUUUUUUAAUCGAAAACGUCCACCGCCAAACACAUAACAAAUACAUCAAACUCUGGACUCUAAUAUAGUCGGGGCCAACAUGAAAAAACGUGAAUGUUCCUUUGUCACGCUUUAUCCUGAUUGCUUAUAUCACAUAAAAACAUUACUGUGUAAAUUCUCAGAAAAACGUGAUUGCCGAAUCACAUAAAAGCAGGAUUAAGAGUCCAAUUACGGUUUAGCUUGAAUGACUUGACAUUAACUUUUUAAUGUCCGGAGUUGUGUGUUUUUUGUUAGUUUGAGGGGACUAUUUUACUGAUUGAUCGAAGAAGAGAAUUGAUUCGGGAUAUCGUCAUCCGGGACCUCACGGUGUAAUGAAUCUAUGUUGGCAGAGAGAGACAGAGUGUUUCCUUCGAUCUGUUUGGAGAAUGCGUGGUACUUCUUUACACGGCCACGAAAGUUUUCCAUGUGGUGGUUUUCCUGUGCGAAUAUUUUUUGUUAUAAAACGUCUUUAAACAAGGCUUCGGCAUGUUGUUUAGAUGUCAGGGUUUAAGUUCUUUAGUCCACUUCGUACACCGCACAUGAAGAACACCAAGGGAGAGUCACAUGACAGAAUAAAUAAACCAGAUAAGGAACUUGAACGAAAAAACAUGGGACAGACUGAAAACAAAAAACACGAUUCUUCUCCAAAGUCUAAAUCAAAGGAAAAACUCGACUUGGAUAGAAAAUCAACAAAGAGAGUUAAAGGUGGAACUACUGAAAAUUUACCAAGAAAGACAUCAGAAUCUGAUGAUGGGAGUGGAUCGGAUACUUCCCGUGUUCCCACAAGUGAUGAGGAGAUCGAGGGAAGUGAAACAGAGAGUCAGAUUGAUCGGUCACUUUCACAAUUUGCGGACAACCUAAGAGCCAGGCUACAUUAUCACUCGGAAUCAGAAAAUGACAGUGAAAUCAUUCCGAUCAUGAAUUCUCCAAAAUUGCGUCAAUCACCACGCAAAAAAGGCUCUGGCUCUGUUUCUAAUCCCAAUUCACCCUCCAAGAAAAUGCGUAGCCCUUGUUCUCCGACUAAGGCAAUAUCUCCGAAGAAGAAAUUACGUGAAGUUAAGAAAUUGGAGCAUGAACUCUCUGAAUCUGCAGAGAGUGCUGAAUCUGGUGGGGAAGAAGUCCACUAUAAAGUGCCUAAACUCCGAAACCCACCACCUGCAGAUUAUGUACCUGUCGAUUUCAACGAGUACAAACCACUCAUCUCUGCAGAAGAGACAAAGUCUGAUGAUGUGGAGCUAAUCUUGAUAACAGUUCCUUUCGGUUUUGAUAUCAAUGAUCUUGACAACAAGCCCUUGCAGAUGGACGGUGCUGGCCUGAUUAAAAAGGAUAAGGAUGGUGUUUCCUGGAAGUCUCAUGCAAGAAAAUUGACAAAAGAUGAUAAGAUUCAUGAAUACAUGCCACUCUUGCCGUCCAAGAGGACUGGACAGUUGGUGCCAGUGAAACCUUUUUCCCGGCAAGUGACCUUCACAGCAAGCUAUGAAAUCCCAGCGCUUCAAGCUCCUGCCAUUCCACCGGACCCAAGUUUUGAAAUCCCUGAGGGGCUGAAGUACAGAAAUAAACCCUUUGGGUGCUUGGAAGAGGAUGACAAGCUUGAGUCGCCGAAAAAGGAUACAAAGAGGAGCCCCCUUAAAAAGAAGACUCAACUUGAUAAAACGUUGUCUCCUGAUCAUGGUAAAAAGAGACGCCUGGAGUCGGCACAGCAGCACAAUGAUAUGGAGAAAAAGAAGAGAAGGUCUGAGAAGAAAAGUAAGAAAUGAAGGAUUUUCUGUUCAUUGAUGUAUUCAAGUAAACGUGAAAUUGCAUUUGAUAAGUCAACACAGGCCACGGAAGUUCGUUUUUGUCACCAUCCUCAGGUUGACAUGACUUUGACGCAUACCGUAGUGAAAAUCAGCACAGCAUACCCAAUUGUGAGAACAAUUUUUGCUGCUAUAAGAAAAUCAAGACUGUAAGUCAGUUGUCAUCCAGAUCACAAGAACGGUAAUUAAUUGAGGGAGGAGUCUUUGGAUAUAUUCUUUUUAGUUUUCAAAUCAAAUACAGUGGUUCUUACUUACGACGCUGUUACCUUCAAAUGUUCAACCUUCAUGUACUUUUACAGUGUAAUAAAUGUUCAUGCAUUGUACAAAUGCAUGUACGUAUAGUGUAUUCCCA